AUGGUUGGUGAAAAUAAGAGGAAAACAGAAGCAAGAUUAAGUGGUUUAAUACUUAAAUUCAGGAGGAAGGGAGAAAAUGAACGAAAAGUUGAAGAAAGGAAGCACAAGUCAAGGGCAAGUCAAUUAUCUGAAAAUAGAAAUAAUGGCAUUGAUGCAAUAUUUCUAUUAAGAAUUGGCUUAUCCCUACGGAUUAACAAGCUUUCCUUCAAUUCCAAAUCAAAAUUAUUAGAUGCGGAGGCGAUAAUAGAAAAAUUAUCUAAAGAUGGUCUAUUUUUACAGAAAACAACAUGCUCCAAAACCGCACUAGGAUGGCAUUGCAGCCAUCACACUGAUAUUUAUAUACGACUUUUGAACGCAAAAAAAUCUGACAAAGGAAAUUCAGUUGUUCUUGUCGAUAAAGAUAUAUACGUAAACAAGAUUAGUGAUAUUUUGAAUGACACAACGAAGUUUGCAAAAGUUAAAUGUGAUAAAGAGAAGGAGCUGAAUUUUAUCAUCAAUCAAGAGAAAAAAGUUACAGCAGUUUUGAAAACUUUGCUUGACAACGGUUCCUUGGAAAGAAGAUUACAUGAAAAACUUAAACCAGCUGGGUCAAAGCUAGGAAUAUUAUAUGGUUUAUGUAAAAUUCACAAAUCUAUUGUUAACGGAAGUCCACCUUUUAGGCCCAUUUUAUCGGCUAUCGAUACACCCACCUACAAUUUGGCUAAGUUUCUUGUACAACUUUUGGCACCCUUAACAGUUAAUGAGUAUACUGUUUUCAGCUCUUUUUCCUUUGCUGAAGAAAUUAGUAAACAGGACAGUAGUUUGUUUAUGGCUAGCCUAGAUGUUGAUUCUUUAUUUACAAAUAUUCCUUUGCAAGAAACUAUAGAUAUUUGUACUGAUUCUUUAUUUUCAGAGACUGACCUAGUCAGUAAUUUUUGCAAAAGUGAUUUUUGUAAACUCCUCUCUCUGGCCACAGAAAAUUCUUAUUUCACGUUUGACGGUCAACUAUUCAAGCAAGUCGAUGGGGUAGCUAUGGGAUCACCUCUUGGCCCCAGCCUUGCUAAUGCUUUUCUUUCGCACCACGAAAAGACUUGGUUGGAUAAUUGUCCAUCAUCCUUUAAGCCAGUGUAUUAUAGAAGAUAUGUUGAUGAUGUUUUUGUGUUGUUCUCAUCUCCUAACCAUUUGCCUCUAUUUAAGGACUAUCUUAAUAGGCAACACAUCAACAUAUCUUUCACGUCUGAGUGCGAGGCCGAUAAAACUCUUCCGUUUCUUGACGUAUCUGUUUCUCGCAAUGAAUCGAAGUUUGUUACAUCUAUCUAUAGGAAGCCUACAUUUAGUGGCGUUUACACGAAUUACAACAGCUUUUUGCCGGAAGAAUAUAAAACGGGUUUGAUAAGGACAUUGAUUUUUCGGAUAUUUAAGAUUGUUUCCGAUUUUUCUAGGUUUCACUUAGAAAUGCAAGAUCUUAGAAACAUUCUGUUAAGAAAUGGCUACCCGUCAAGUUUGAUUGAUCAAUGCAUUAAGUCUUUUCUCGACAGAAUGUUUCAAGAUAAGAAAGUUUUCAGUACCGUGCCUAAGUUAGAAGUUCUUAUUAUUUUGCCAUAUUUGGGUAAUAUAUCGUUGAAACUGCGAACUCACUUAGUUAAAACAUUUGAUAAGCAUCUUCCGUGCUGUAAGCUUAGGGUUAUUUUCAAAUCGGGUUGUAGAAUUGGCAAUUUUUUCCGGUUUAAGGACCGUGUUUCAAAGGCUCUGCGUUCAAAAGUCGUAUAUAAAUAUCAGUGUGAUGGCUGCAAUGCCAUCUAUUAUGGGAAAACUAUGCGACAUUUGAAAGUUAGAGCCUGCGAACACAUGGCCGUUUCUGCCUUGACUGGAAAAUCCGUCAAAUCUAUUAACACUAGUGCGGUUUUGGAGCAUGUUGUUUUCUGUAAAAAUAGACCAUCUUUAGAUAAUUUUUCUAUUAUCUCCUCCGCAUCUAAUAAUUUUGAUUUGGAAUUGAAGGAAAGCUUGUUAAUCCGUAGGGAUAAGCCAAUUCUUAAUAGAAAUAUUAUAGCUAUACUUGAAAAUGGCCGUCGUACGGCCGAAACGUCGUUAAAGAGUUGUGUUCAUGUUCGGUGGAAAAGAUUCGAUGUUGAAAAAGGCCGUGCUGUUAUUGUGUCUCAAAAAACGGUGGUGGUUAUAGGAAAAUGUUAUUUCGGAGAAACAAUCGAUGAAUGUUUUACAACUCUGACUAACUCUGCUGAUGAACCACUUGACGAAAAUUUGUCCUUAACAGACUAUUUAAACAACAAUGGUUUGUAUUUGUCAAAGAUGUACCUUGUUUUGAAUACCAGAAAACGAGAAGAUGCAAGUCCUCCAAGUAAUUCUAUGUUUGGAUUUGAUCGUGAUGAUGCUCACAACUUACCACUUCCCAUUCCUAAUUUGGAUUUUGGAAAUGACUUCUUGGUUGGUUGCAGAAGAAGAUGA